UGUUCUACUUCAGAGUGGUCUGGCCUACGAGGGAUAUUUAGGAUAGACUUUCUCGCGAGGCUGGAAAACAAGAGGGAGUUAUGCGUUUGUGAAAAAGUAUAUUCUUGCUAAAUUCCAGGGUUCUUAGAGAAUAGGUGAAACUGGAGCGAUAAAACUCGCGAUAUUUUAAUAUAUCUGGCGUAAUAGCCCUCAGUGAUCCGCAGCGCUGGAGAAGCAGAGCUCGCGAGAUCUCUACAGUUGCCGAGGAGACUAGGAGGAGAGGUGAUCUCGCGAAAGCAGCUGCCGGGAGAGCUCGCGAGAUCUCAGACCAGCGGACCCGAAAGGUUCUUAGGGAGUUGAAGGGCCUGGAGGAGGCCCCGGGACAAAUGGCCGGAGCUGGGCCGACCAUGCUGCUACGAGAGGAGAAUGGCUGUUGCAGCCGGCGUCAAAGCAGCUCCAGCGCUGGGGUUAGCGCGGGCUCGGGUUCCAAGAUUGAGGGGCAGUCGGGGAGCAAAAUGGGGGGAUGAAGGGGGGACUGCAGCUCCCGGCAGCCUCUGGGAUUCGCGUGAGCGCCCCGCGUGCUGUCGGGAGCUGUGGUUCCGUGGGCGGGCAGGAGCCCGGGCUGCGCGGUCUGAGCGCCUGUCCUGCCCCGCGCAGGACUCAGACGGGGAGCGCGAGGACUCGCCGGCCGCGCGCGCCCGGCGGCAGCUGGAGGCGCUACUCAACAAGACUAUGCGCAUUCGCAUGACAGAUGGACGGACACUGGUUGGCUGCUUCCUCUGCACCGACCGCGACUGCAAUGUUAUCCUAGGUUCGGCGCAGGAGUUCCUCAAGCCUUCGGAUUCCUUCUCUGCUGGGGAACCCCGUGUGCUGGGCCUGGCCAUGGUACCCGGACAUCACAUCGUUUCUAUUGAGGUGCAAAGAGAGAGCCUGGCGGGGCCUCCCUAUAUCUAACCACGAUCGCGUAUGCCUUUCAGACUUCAUUAAACUUGUAACCGAA